AUGGACGCAUCUACCAGGUUGUAUCAACGAUUGGCCGAGAUUCCUGAAGACCCUGAAGACCCAGAGAGCUUAGACGAUCUUAUUGUAUGCGCAUUCGGAGCUUUCGAGCGAUACUACGUGUGUUGGAAGACCAAAGGGGGUGAAUACAGGCAAGGUGAGCAGUUUCGAUAUUUGCCUCAUUCUAGACUGAUCCGCCUAGAUGGCUAUGAUCUUCCUCCCGCGCUGCAUGAAUGGCUAUACCCUUCCGAUGGCACAAGGCGAGAUUUCGCCUCCCUUCAAGUGGUGUUUGGACGAGGCGAGGAAUAUUUUGCGUCUGACAAGAACGGAAAGCUAGAAUACAAGGAGCCGGAAGUGAGGAAGCAGGUGGAAGAGGAAGAAAAGAUUGACCGCAUGGCACUGAGAAGGUCGCGAACGGUUUCGUUCCUGCGACCCUUGUCAGACACGAGCGUCAAAUCCGAUGCGACAAGCGCCGAUUCAUUCAACAGCAGACAGUCCCGGUCAUCGUCGAUGUCGUCACAGCGAGCUUCACGGCCACCAAGUUUAACAAAUUCAAGGACAAGUUCGGAUGGGUCAGUGGCAUCACGGCCGAGCUCGAGACCUUUGAGCAUAGUGUCGACCCAUGCGAGAGCGCACUCUUCCUUGAGCUCGCAAUGGGCCCUGGGGAGCGAAGACACGGCAAAGCACAAGUGUCCAGACACCGCCGUGGACAUGAAGCCCCCAAGAUCCGACGAAGCUACCAAGAUCAUCACCGCUGCAUCUGAACUUCAAGAUCCCACUGAGAAUCCACAGCCAUGUACAUGUGGCCACCGCGCAUCGCAACCCCCACAACCCCCCAGACCAGCCUACGCCAACGCCAGCGUGCAGACCGAUCCCGCUCCCUCACCUCUCCGCAUCGACACCUCCACUCCCCCAAUGUGGUCUUCGCAGAACAGCUACAGCGCAGUGUCCCAAGACAGUGAAACACCACUGAUAAAAGUGAAUCCGCUAGUCGUGGGACGAUCGAUUGAUUACUUUAGUAAACCAGAUUAUCAGCUCGGGGAUAGUCUGACAUUUGGCUAUCACAGCCUUCAACCGCUAGUGUAUCAGUAUCAGGAUGAGUUUGUGGGUGAUGAUUUGCAUUGA